CGCUUGGCAAAAAGACAUGCGAUCCGGGUAAAACGGAGGCCAGGAACCCUUGCCGGUUUUGGCUGCGAGGGCUGCCUUGCUUUCUCUUUCAUCCUUGCAUCCGUCUCCUGGCUUUCUGUUUUCUGCCAGCACUGCUACUCUCUUUCUACUAUAUCACGAUUAUCUCCGCUCUAUUCAUGACCCGACCCUUUUCUGACCGCGCCUCCGAGCGCACACUAACGACCGACACACCUAGCGACCCCGGCAGCCUCUAUGUAAUCCUGGGCGUUGACACCGCCGCGACUCCCGGCGAGAUCAAACGCGCCUACCGCCGCCUCGCCCUGCAAUACCACCCGGACCGCAGCCCCACCACGUCCCAGCGGUUUGUGUCGAUCCAGCACGCCUACGAUAUCCUGUCCGACGAGCGAAUGCGCCGCAUCUACGACCGGUACGGCGAUCUGGGCAUCCAGAUGGCUGGCCGCAUGGGCGGCGAGAUCCUGGACCCGCAUGUCAGCAACCUGCUGAGCGCACUUGCGUUUGUAUCGGCGCUGGUGGCCAUGUUGCUGAUCGUGUUUUUUGCACUGCUGGCACGGCGCGUCGAUAUGCAGAGGCCAUGGCCGUUCUCGGCGGUGUUUAUGCCCCUAUGGACAAUCGACGGGCUGGUUUUGGUAUCGGUUUGUUGGGCUUAUUGUCUGAAAAUUGAGACUGAAGCCACCAGGGCCGAUGACGACAGGAGAUCCAGGAAGCCAGCAGCCCCGCCUCCGAUGCGUGGGACCAUGGUGAUGCAAGUUCGAGCAACGGACCAGCAGCCCGGGUGCGCUGACGAGGCAACGGCGCUGCUGGAUCGCCAGGACCAGAGGCAGCGGGACCGGCGGAUCGGCGGAGGGGGCGACGCAGGCGGCUGAGACACAUGCGCAAGGCCAUGGAGGCACAGCUGCAGGGAAUGGCGCAGCUGGCUUCCGGUUGUGUACGUCAGCCUUCUGGUAUUGUUCCAUGUUGCCCUGGUACUGCGUCUGGACGGAUGGGUGCAGUGGACAGCGCUGAUGGUAGCGUCGCCGUGGCUGGCCAUCGAGGGCAUCCACUCGAUGGUGCUGACGGUAAAGCUGAUGGCCAAUGUUUUGAAGUU